AAACCGUCUACCUCAACUUGGUGAAACUCACUGAUACGGGACAUUACACUAUGCUUGAUUAUAAGGGAAUUUUAACCAAUAUUACGGGUUUUGCGAAGACAAGCUUCUACGUGACGUUACGACGAGGGAGUCGCAAUUCAACAAACACCUCAGUCACGUCUACAUCUUCAGCUUCAUCAUCAAAGCAGACGGAACAUGAGAGGCUGAGCAGAGAUCGCGAGCUUGUUCGUCGGCAUGGCCGGUUAUCGUCUUCGGAGGAGGCCAGAAACACAGCUGUAAUGGGCCGCGAGGCUCGUGAAGACGGGAUCUACACUGAAGAGAACGGCGCUGGUUCGCCAUUUGUGGUCGUCGUCUCCUGUUACAACCUUGGAGAGAUGGUUGUCGAGAAGAGUGUUGAGCUUGAGAACAAGAAGAUGGAAGAGGGUCAGAUUCCAAAGAAGAAGAGAAGUCGAGAGCUCAACAUCCCACAACGCAAUAUGUUUGCGCCAGAUUUUGUUAUUCGGCCGGAUGAAGAUCUUCCUGGAUUCUCUCCAAUCGACAGUGAGUACGAUACAGACGAUGAUGCAUUUGAGGCUGAAGAACUGAAUCAUCGAAAAGCACCACGACACACUCAAUCCAUGCCGCCACCGUUGUCGGGAAUGAAUCCAGAUAUUCCAAAUGAAUACGAUCCUGUGAUUGGAAUCAUCGCGAUUCAGGGAGUACGAAUUCCACGCAGCCGACCGAUUGACAUAGUGCCAAAUCGCGAGCCACUGUUUCCUUUUUUUGGGGUAAACAGUGACCUGCAAGUUAUGCUGAUAACAGAGCGAAUGUACGAUGUCUUCAAGGAACGGAUACAUUCAAAAGGAAAAGAACGAAUGCUUACAAUGAUGGAAAACUUGGCAAUGACACUGACCUGUGGCCAAAUGUGUGGAAGACUUGUGCCCGUCGAGAUGAUGGACCAAACCGUCUACUAUUAUGACUACGACACUGUUAGCUUUUUGUCAAGAGAGGAGCUCAUCAAUUUGUUGAUGCUUUGUGAGCCGGACCAAAUUGAAGACAUUAUGGUUGCUUCGUCGUUUCCAAGCAAAUUCCAUCGUGAGACACCGGAGCAGAUGUUGCAACGUAACAAGCACUAUCAGCAUCUGAUGCAUCGUCCGCAGAUCUUUCUUCGUCGCACUGAUUAUAUGUCGUGUAGUAUUGAUGAUGAAGAUUUCACUUUUCCAUACUUCGAAUCUGUUGAUAAUGAGCACAACAAGCGAUUGACACUCGAACGUCAACUAAACGACGACAACGUCGACCACGAAGAAAUGGGUGCCCUCAUCAGAACCAUCAGUCAAGAUCUAGAAGAAGCUGAACGUCAGAAUGGGCUUGAAUUCGUGCACCGCAGCACUCUUGCUCUUUACGACGCCCGCGUUAUCAUUCCCCCAGUCAAUUAAUCACUUUCUUUUUUUUUGUUUGUACCAGGCUUCCCUUUUUCAAUCAUUUAUACAUUCAUUUCUCCGGCUUCCUAGUUUUUAGUAUGUAGUAGACGGUCUUCUCAGUUAGCGCAAGCGCUUUUUUCAUCUAAUCCCGUGCUCUUGUCCCCACGAACUUUAACUCUGGUAGUCGUUUCUCUCCCAAUAACCUUUUUUCUUUUCCUUCAUCAUUUCAUUUACAUUACCAGAACAAAAAAUCCAGAAAAAACCCUAGAAAAAAAUUACUUUCCUUUUUUUAACGUUGAAUAACCAGGUCAUUUGAAAUGGCAAUUCUCCCAAUCAUACUAACUCCCUACGGAGAUGUCAUGUUUCAAACAAUUCUCUUCGAAUAUCAAUAUUUGAAAUCUUCAUUUCAUUUUCAUGUUUUUCCAGUCUUUGGUUAAGGCUUUACUAUGUCAAAUUCCUUCUAGUGCACUUUAGUCAUGUCACUUUUCCUCCAAUUCACCCAAUGAAAAUCUCCUUGUCUUCAAUCUCUAUCACGAAUCUAGUUAGACACUCAAUAUUUUCUCAUCUCUUUUCAAUUUUACAGUGAGUAUUUAAGUCAUUAUCGUUUCCAGUAUUAUAUGUUCCGUUGGACGAGUUGGCAUGUCACCACAGUUUCCAAAUCUCCCAACCAAUUCCAAAUAUUUUAAUCCCCAUUUGGAAAGUAAUAACAAUUGACUUGUUUUUUUGUUGUUUUUUCAUGGAUCACUGGCCACCUCUUUUCCCAACCACAAGUUCCAUAAACAACCACUAUAUUUUCUGUCAGCUGUGCUGCUCUUCUUACUACUCUCACCUCAGCAUCUCCAUCUCUAUCAACAUCCUAACCUUUUUUUAUGUAGUCCUUGAAUCUCUUGACGAAAUCUGAAAUGCGACAUGAUAGCAGUGGAUAAAAACUCUUGCUCAAGGCCAACGUUGCCAUUAUGGGUAGGUUUUGGGAGAAAAAAACGUUUUUAUCCUGUUAUUUUGAUUUUUCAGAUGCCAUUUUGACCAUCCAAAAGUUCUUAUUCACUGCCACGUCACAACCUUCCCGUCAAACUGAUACCUCCCUCCCCCAAUCAAAAAAAUUGCUCUUUGUGCUCUCGUAGUUUUUGCUUUGUGUUUCUUCAACUUUGUGAUUUCCUUAAGUAAUCAACAUUGGUAUUUGUUUUUGUAACUGCUCGAAUAAAUGUAGUUAAUUUUUAUUUAAAAAAA